AUUUUAAUUAUUCCAAAUUAUUGUCUAUUUUUUUUCUUUACAAGAGAUUAGAAACUUCAAGAAGUAAUAGUCGUAUUACACAUAACUACAUUACAUUAAUAUGUAUGUGUUGUAAAUAAAAUUUGUUGUCUAACUCAUUUCUGAAAGAUGUUACGAGUAUUUGAGAGACAAAUUUUUCGUAAUAUACGAAGUGAUAGGAGACUAAACACGUGGUCACAUCUUGCCACGGCAUUUAAUUCUGCUGUCAGUAGUAAAAAUCAUUCGGCAAAUAUAUUGAAGAAAGAGACGGGACUGUUUGGUAUCCCGGAGUUAAAAGGUGAAGAUGGUUUUGACAUAUUGAAAAGUCGUGCAUUAGUACAUGUGAAUGUUCUCAUCGAUGAAGCUACAAACAAAGAUAGGAAGAGAAAAAUGGUGGAGAUAUUUGAUGAAUUAUCCAAUACACUGUGUAAAGUAGCAGAUAUGGCUGAGUUUAUUAGAGUUGCACAUCCUGAUCAACAAUAUGUUCGGGCUGCUGAAAAUGCUUGUAUAACUAUCAGUGGUGUAGUUGAAAAAUUAAACACACAUCGUGAGCUGUAUGAUGCAUUAAAACAAGUUACAAGUAAUGGUGAUACUCAAGUAACAUCUAAUAUAGACAAUCAUGUAGCUAAAUUAUUUUUAUUUGAUUUCGAACAAUGUGGUAUACAUUUACCAGAAAAACAAAGGAUAAAAGUAGUUGAGCUAAAUGAUUAUAUUUUGCAAGUGGGUCAAAAAUUUAUGGCUGGUGCUGUUACUCCAAGGAUGGUUAAUGCUGACGCAUUACCCGACUUUAUUAGGCAAUAUUUUGUGACGGACAACGGUCAAAUAUUAGUGCAAGGAUUCUACACAGACUCCUCCAAUACUGCUGUUCGCGAAGCGGCAUAUAAAUUGUUUCUAUUCCCGGAUAAAGAGCAAGAUUAUCUAUUACACGAACUCCUGAGCUCUAGACAUUUAUUAGCGGAAUUCUGUGGAUUUCCGUCAUAUGCACACAGAGCCGUGAAAGGAAGUACAGUCGAAUCGCCAGUUGUAGUAAAAGAAUUUCUUGAUAUACUAAAUCACAAUUUGCAAUCUAAAGCAGCACAAGAUUUUCAAGAAAUGCAAAAGAUGAAAGAUGCCGAAUCACAUUUGAAACAAGAAUUGAUGCCAUGGGAUACUGCCUACUUUAUAGCAAAGGCGAAGAAAGCUUGGUUAAAUACUUCUACUACUGAGUUUGCUCCAUAUUUUUCCCUUGGUGCUUGUAUGGAAGGUUUAAAUAUCCUUACACAAUCAUUGUAUGGAGUUAGGCUUGAAUCCGUCCCAGUGUUAUCUGGAGAGGUGUGGGCAAAUAAUGUUCAUAAGUUAGCUGUAAUAGAUGAAGAGGAGGGAAUCUUGGGUUACAUCUAUUGCGAUUUUUAUGAAAGAGCGGGCAAGCCUAAUCAAGACUGUCAUUUUACAAUCCAAGGUGGAAAGCAAUUAUCAGAUGGUUCUUAUCAGAAUCCUAUAGUUGUACUUAUGCUAUCAUUGCCACAUCCACGUUGGUCAAAUCCUUGUUUAUUAAGUCCAUCAUCUGUAGACAAUCUGUUUCAUGAAAUGGGCCAUGCAUUGCACUCUAUGCUCGGACGAACGAAAUAUCAGCAUGUUACUGGUACUAGAUGUAGUACAGAUUUCGCAGAAGUGCCAAGUGUAUUAAUGGAAUAUUUUGCAAGUGAUCCCAGGGUUGUAUCAAAAUUCGCAAAACAUUUUCAAACUCAAGAACCAAUGCCAGAAAAUUUAUUGCACAAACUAUGCGCUUCAAAGAACAUAUUCUGUGCUUCUGAAUUACAGAAUCAAGUAUUCUAUAGUAUGUUAGAUCAAGUGUAUCAUAGUGGUAAAUUAACAAAAUCCACUAGCGAUAUUUUAGCAGAUGUACAAAAGGAGUAUUAUGGUCUACCAUAUGUGAAAAAUACAGCGUGGCAAUUAAGAUUUUCACAUUUGGUCGGAUACGGCGCGAAAUAUUAUUCCUAUCUAAUAUCUCGUGCGAUCGCUGCCUGGAUUUGGCAAACCUACUUCUAUAACGAUCCCUUCUGUCGAUCUGCAGGUAAUCGUUAUCGAAGGGAAUGCUUAGCACAUGGAGGUGGUAAGCCGGCGUCGCAGUUAGUGUCGGAUUUCUUAAAUAAGGAAGCUAGUGCUGCUACAUUUGCAAAGUCGUUAAUCAAUGAAGUAGAUAUGAAGAAUCUACACAUAGAAACCAUAAAAAAAGCGUAAUUGUAUAAAACUUUCAUAAUUUACUAUAAGUAUACAAAUGUACUAGAACUUGUAGCAGACGUGAUAUUUUACACAUAGUUGUACAGUUUUGUAUAUCAAACUCUUCAUAAUAAGAUGUAUACAAAAUACAUUUUUGAGGAAAAAAAAUGAAUGUACAACACAGAUUGUUUUUAGAGAUAGCUGCAUAUGAAAGAAAAAUACUACGUUUUUUAAUGGCAGAUUCUUACAUUAAUGUGGCAAAUUUUUCAUCACAAAGUUUUUAAUUCAACAUUGUAACCAAAUGUUUAAUUGAAAUAGAACAUCAAUAUGUAAAAUUCACUUGAAUUUAGUUAGAAAAAUAUAUUUAUCAUUUCCAUAUUUUACUUUGAGAAUUAAAAACCGACUAUCAAAAAUUUACUCCAAUAUUAAAAUUAUGUCAUUAAAAUAUGGUAGAUGGAACUUUGUACAAAUUCCGACUAUAUUUUUCGU